GUCUCCAAACGUGCUCACCUCUCUCCUCCCUCCGACAGACGCCGCUGCCAGCCUAUCGGACCACUCGGACCCCGCACAGUCCCUCCCGUGCGCCCCGCCCACCCCGGCGGUCUCCUCUCCAGCCCUGCCAGAGCCAAUCCGCGACCGGUGUAAAGUAGGACAAGCCGCUUCCUGGUUCUUAGAAAGGAGGAGCUGGGAGUCGGAGUGGGCGAGCGGAGGCAGUACGCGGGGGGUCAGAGCAAACCCGGAGUGCCGGCGGUCUGCAGCGAGAGGAGGACCGGAGAAACGCGCCGGAGGAGAGACCCUUGGAGACGGAAGUGUCCUGCGCCCCCACGGCGCCGGAGAAGAAAAAAAGCGCUGAGAGAAUUGAAAGUAAUAAAAGCAGCUGGCAGGGUGGGACAGCGUAAUCCAGGAAGUGUGGAAGCUGGUCAGGUGGGAGGCGACGAGCCGGGACAGGUGACACACUCAGGUUUAUGACCUCUGACCUCUGAGUAAAAGGACCAAAAAGGAGGAGCUAGGAGAUCGUCCGCAGUCACCCAUUGGCUUUUGGGUUUAUGGACUGGAGAACUCGGGGUUGUUCAGAAAGCUAUGUAUCUACAGCAGGUGGCGAUGUCUCCAGGAGAGGACGGUCUAAUUGGGAUCCCCUUCCCGGAGCACAGCAACGAGCUCUUGUCUCACCUCAAUCAUCAGAGGAGGACGGGACUCUUGUGUGACCUCACCCUUACCUCCCACGGGGCUCGUUACCCAACGCAUCGCUCCGUCAUGGCCGCCGUUAGUCUCUACUUCCGCAGGCUGUUUGGGGCAGAGGAAGGCGGUGGCGAGGGAGGUGGGGGCUUUAGUGUGUGCCAGCUGGACUGCGUUGCCCCUGACGCCUUGGACGCCCUGCUGGAAUUUGCCUACACUGCCACGCUGACAAUUCCCAGCUCUGGGAUGAGGGAUGUGCUGCGAGGAGCUCAGCUUCUGGGCAUCCAGUGUGUGGCAGACGCCUGCAGGGACAUCCUGGGGGAGACGGCGGAGACGGAGGGGGAGACGGCAGAGGAGCAGAGACCCCAACAAGCAGCUAAACAGAAAGCGGUGAAGUCGGAGAGUGUUGUUGAGAAAGGGUCGAGGAGAAAGGACAAGAAUAAGGUGAAGAAAAUCAGGCCACAUUACAACAACUUCUCACCUCUGAACCCACUGCCUGCCUCCCCCGCCUCACACCCCUCACCUGCAUCUGAGAGCUACCGAUCCCUGCCCUCCACUCAGCCCCCCAGCCCAGAGAAAGAAGAGGUUCACUUUAAACUCAAGCAGAACGGGGACCCAAGGCCGAUCAAAGAGCCGGGAAUAGGGGCCACACUAAACGGAGGGUUCCUUCACUGGUCCCAGGACCGCCCCCUCAUAGCCCACCCUCCCCCCAUCCAGAACAUCAAGCUUUCUGAGGACGACAUGGAGGGUUUAAACAAUGAUGCGAUGAUGAUGGGAAGCAGCUCCGUACCCGUCUCUGUAGCCGAUCGAGGGGCAACCACAUCUGUAGCAGGAGGGGGGAGGAAGAGGAAGUCUCAGACCCCCCAACAGUGUCCAGUCUGUCAGAAAAUCAUUCACGGAGCAGGAAAACUGCCUCGACACAUGAGGACGCACACCGGAGAGAAGCCCUUCCAGUGCUCCGCCUGCGGAGUUCGCUUCACACGCAAUGAUAAAUUAAAGAUCCACAUGAGGAAACACACGGGCGAGCGCCCUUACACCUGCUCUCACUGCCCUGCUCGUUUCCUCCACUCGUACGACCUCAAAAACCACCUGUCCCUCCACAGCGGGGCGCGGCCCUUCGAGUGCCCGCUCUGCCACAAGGCCUUCGCCCGAGAGGACCACCUCCAGCGUCACCGCAAGGGCCACAGCUGUCUGGAACAGCGCACGCGCCGGCCCAGGCGUGGGCUCGAGCUGGCCGAGGACGGGGGACCGGAUGAAGGCGGGAUGGAGCGGUCCAGUCCUCUGCCGUUCCAGGCCCACUCCUCUGUUUUCCACCCUCACCCGGGCCUGGAAAGCGGUGGCGUAUCCGUGGGGGGCCCUCCACUGAUAUUUGCAGGCGACAUCAAGAAGGAGCAGUCACUUGCUCUUCAGGCGUUGGCCCACCUCGGGCCUCAAAGGCUGACCGGCUACCAUGAUUUUUUGCUGCGAGGGUUGGAAUUGUUGGGAGGCAGGAAGACGGAGGGAGAAGAUCCAGGAAGAACCCGCUCACCAGCUCUGCAGCGUGACAGGUGGGCCGAUGAGGCGGAGGAGGACGGAGGAGAGGAAGAGGCCAAAGACGGGGAAUGAUGGGGAAAAGGGACUUUGUGUGUGGUAAAUAUCCACAGUAAAAAAUAUACGGUCCACUCAGGUGGCUGGACUGAUGAGCUGCUGCUCCCACACAGAGAGCACUUAAAAAACGGAAUAAUAUCACAACGGACUUAAAAAACGACAUAAAGGAAAACGGGUUUCUGAGAUGUUUUAAAUGUUGGUCUUCUGGUUUUUGGCGUUUGAUUGGAUUCUUUUGUUUGCUGUCGAGUAUUUUUGGUUUGAGCUCUCUAAUUUGAUUUUGUUUUCCGUCUUUCCGGUGUGUGUGUGUGUGACUGGAAUGCUUUUCACUAUGCAAACCAAAAUCCAGAGCUGCUGCAGCGUGGACGGAUGUUCGAAGAUGUUUAUUUCUGUUCCUAGGUCUUCUCAUUCAGGUGCAAUUAGAAUUUCCCAUUACCUAGAACUCAGCAUGGUUUCUAUGCCCACUGUUCUCUGGUGGUUAUCAAUGGAAAUGCAGUCUGACGAGUCACUUCUGUGAGUUGAAGAGCAAUAAUCUGCUUUAAUUUGGUGUUUAAACCAAAGAUCCGCUCAUUUGUUUUGUUUUUUGAACAGAAGAGGAGAUAGGAGGAUUGUAGCCAAUGUUGGGUUGGAGGAGAAACUUCAUCCCGACUCUUUUUGAAAGCCAUGAAAAAGAUUCUGCUUCCGUAAAGCUCUGCGCUGAACGCCGGACCAAAAGGGACGAAAUCUGGGUCAGCAAGUUAAUAUCAAUAAUGUUAUUCCUUCCUAGAAACCGUGGACUUCAGUCUUCCAAUGCACUCAGAAGAUCAACGAGGUGUAGGGAUUAAGACGACGCUCCCCUGUCUGUGUAUUUAUUUAUUUAUUGAUAUUUAUUGCGGCUCUUUUGCUUUUUAAUAAACCAAACCCAGAGCUUAACCCAGAUCCGUUCUCUGAAAACAUCCAAGAAACGGCAUUGCACUAAAGGUUUUUGCUCGACGCCUCCAUGCACCCGAACGCCUUUUCCAGAGAUCGUCUUCUUUCGACUCUUUUUCUUUCCUCGGAUGCAGUCUUUGCACAUUCAAGCCGCCGUGUACGGCAGCAACACAGGCACAUUCCAGACUUCAGGUUAGCAGGAUCAGGGCAUCGAGGUCAGGAGGCUGACACCUUUGACCUUUCCGCAACACCUCAUGUCCUGUACUUUACGUUCGGCAGUUCUUGUAGGUUUUCUGUGACUAAUGAGGCCAUUAUCUUUUGAGUUUGAUCAUCUUUGACCAAAAAUGUUGCGACCUCACCUGGCUUUGUUGGUUCCUUCCAUUCCUGUUCCUAUAGCAGAUGUGCUAGUCUGGUCUUGGGUGUACUAUAUCUUCUUUUGUUUCUUAUUUAUUUGCACUAUGAGAUUUGAGAGCUCCAAGCUUUUUACUUUUUUUUGGUCUAGGGGUCCAUUAGCUAUCUUGAUUGAAAUAAUGGCUUCUGUAAAUCCAACGUACAUACUCAUCCUUCAGCACAUUCGCAGAGUUCUAGAAAAAUAUAAUAUAUAUUGUGAUAAAGUUGCCUUAGGGGUUGUUUUUUUUUUGUCGUUUUUUUUUGUGCUGCAACUAUUCUCAGGAAAUCUUGAGCGAUGCACUAAAUGAUUUAAACAAAAUGUAAAAUGGGGAGAAACCGGUGCUGCGGGGUGAGUGGUAAUCUUCAUGCAAGUGUGUUUCCGGUAGUUUCAGAAUAUUAGAUUUAGUUUUCCAAAACCAAAUGAAGGAACUUUCUGUGCAAAUGGUGGCGAUGCAAGGAAACUACUGGCCUGGCUGGAACCUGUCGUACUGGAAAAGCAGUUUGGCAGUUGGUACUGUGCGUGAAGGGUGUUGGUACGCUUUGUGAAUGGAUGACGGUUAACUGACGUCGGCUGUGAAGUGUGUGUUUCUAUGCGAUGCCCUUUGUUUUUCUUGGCUUCGGUGAGGGGGACUUGGGGACGGUCCGAGUAGAGGCCGAUCGAUCUAUCAGGGAUACAAUUUACUUUUGUCUUUCUGUUUUAGAGGACCUUCUCAGAGAUACAAAUUCAUCUUCCCAUGAUUUGUUUCAGCUGAUGUAAAAACAAAAAUAAACAUAUCUAAGCUUG